GUGACGCAGAUGUCAGUCUCCCAGGCAGCAGCUGAGACCGUUUGGCGAAGAUGGCGGACUCGCUGUCGACAAGUCUGGGAGAGGAGAAAGAGAAGGAGAAGGAGGACAGGGAGAGGGACAGUAAGGCUGCCAAAACCGAGAAGAACAAGGAGAAGGACGGAGUCACGGAGACGCUGGGGUUCAGCGAUAAAAAUGGCGGCAGUAAAGGCAAAAAACGCAACCUGUCAGACCUGUCUCUGGUCAGAUUUAUAACUACUGAGCUAACCAGAGGCUAUUUCCUGGAACACAAUGAGGCCAAAUACACAGAGCGCAGAGAGCGGGUCUACACCUGCCUCCGCAUCCCAAAGGAGCUGGAGAAGUUGAUGACAUUUGGCUUCUUCCUGUGCCUGGAUGCGUUUCUCUACGUGUUCACUCUGUUGCCCCUCAGAGUGAUUCUGGCCCUUUUACGACUCCUCACGUUGCCAUGCUGUGGCCUCAGUGGCUCCCGCCUGCUCCAGCCAGCUCAGGUGUGUGAUGUGCUGAAAGGCUUCAUUAUGGUGCUGUGUUACUCAAUGAUGAGCUACGUGGAUUACGCCAUGAUGUACCACCUCAUCAGGGGACAGUCUGUCAUCAAACUGUACAUCAUCUACAACAUGUUGGAGGUGGCGGACCGCCUGUUCUCAUCAUUUGGCCAGGACAUACUUGACGCCCUGUAUUGGACAGCCACUGAACCCAAGGAGAAGAAGAGAGCACACAUAGGUGUGAUCCCUCACUUCCUCAUGGCCGUGCUCUACGUCUUUCUCCAUGCCAUCCUCAUCAUGGUUCAGGCCACAACUCUCAAUGUAGCCUUCAACUCCCACAACAAGUCUCUGCUCACCAUCAUGAUGUCAAACAACUUUGUGGAGAUCAAAGGAAGUGUGUUCAAGAAGUUUGAAAAGAACAACCUUUUCCAGAUGUCAAACAGUGACAUAAAAGAGAGGUUCACCAACUACAUCCUCCUACUCAUCGUCUGUCUGAGAAACAUGGAGCAGUUUUCAUGGAACCCUGACCACCUGUGGGUGCUGUUUCCUGACGUAGUCAUGGUGAUAGCCUCAGAGGUUGCCGUGGAUGUCGUCAAGCAUGCUUUCAUCACCAAAUUCAACGACAUUAGCGCUGAUGUGUAUGGAGAAUACAGAGCCAGCCUCGCCUUUGACCUUGUCAGCAGUCGCCAGAAAAAUGCUUACACAGACUACAGUGACUCAGUUUCCAGGAGAAUGGGCUUCAUCCCCCUUCCUUUAGCUCUGCUGUUGAUCAGAGUAGUGACCAGCUCAGUGAAAAUCCAGGGCUCACUCUCCUUCAUGUGUGUGCUGCUGUUUUACUUGGGGAUGAUCACUCUGAAGGUGCUCAACAGUAUUGUUCUGCUGGGGACGUCUUGUGUGUUCGUCAAAGAGGCCAACAUGGAAGAAAAGCUCUUCGACCCCCCACCCUCUGCCGUUUCCAGCCGUGUAAACUCCAGAGCUCACCGGACCAAACACGUUCACAUUUCACCACAGCAAGAGCCCACGACAGACAAAGGAGGAGUAUCACUGGCAUCUGAUAUUUCUCCACCCACCAAUGUCGCAGAGAGCUCUGCCCCCACACUUCCCAAGAGCGAUUCGGACACAUUCCUGACAACGCCUGACGAAGAUGAAGAUGAGAAAAUCAUCAACGCUGACACAGGACUUGAAGGAGAUGGACUCAAAAACAGAACACCCAAGAAAGACUUGCUAGAGAUAGACCGCUUCACCAUCUGUGGCAACCGAAUAGACUGAACGCCAUAGGAAUAAACGGUGUCCUGGAAACACAGCAAGGUUCAGGGAUCAGACACGGGGUCAUGGAACAUGCUCUGACUAGACUUAUUCUUGUGCACCUGACCCCAGGAGUAUUUAUUUAUUUAUUACUGACAAAACCAGCCAAGGCAUAAAGCUGUUACUACAAGCAUCAGAGCCCGCUUCAGAUGUUUCCCGCCCAUCCAGUCUGUUUCCUGUUUAACCAGGUAGACUCUGAGGAUGAGUUGCAAUGUGGGAAACUGGUGUUCACAGCUGGAGCAGAGCACAGAGAUGGAAACAUGACUGCAUAUGUGAAAUUGUGUGUGAUCAUAGGAACGUGACAGCUGGACUGUGCAAGUGCGUGUGUUCAAAAGCACAAUCAUAUGUACAGUGAGGAGUUGUUUUUCGACAGAACAAAAACUUGUCAAUUUUUAAAUUUUUUUAUUUCAAAUGUCUGAAAAAUUCUAAUAUUUCAAACGGCAUUUCUAUGAAAAAUCUCAGACCUUUUUUUUUUUUCUAAAAUCAACCAUGUUCAGCGGCAGGAUGAAGAUUCACAAUCACAUGAACACAAGUCACACCAACAUAAAUUUAAAGAGGUAAUUUUUGAAUUGAGGAGCUCAGAUGUCCAUAGCUGAAGUCCUACACUUUAAACAUGGCAACAGUGACAGUAAGUACAGUCUGACAUGAGUGCAUUGUCUUUGUUUGCCAUCUUCAGGUUACACAAUUUGAACUUGACUUUUUAGACACAGAUACAAAGUUGCAGGUUUUAGUAUCAGGCCAUUUGUGUUGAUAUUUGUUGCUUUGAUGCACUGAGACGAGACCUGUUUAUGAAGGCGCUAGUAUUAUUUUGACUUGACCUCCAAAUCAGACAGGUUUAGCAGAUAUUUAUUUUUAAAGUGAUUGUUUUUUUUUCCCAUUAUGGUUCAUGUGUACUCUCAUCAUUCAAGCAUGCAGCCUCGGAUAAUCAUUACAGCAACAUUAGGCGUGUAGAAAUUUUUAUUUUGGAAAUUGUGAUCUGAACAGAUGUCUUGGUGAAAUACCACUGUGUGCUUGGUCUCAUUUUAAAUUGAUGGUGUCUUAUCUUGACUGUGAUGUGAAAAAUGAUUAAGAUUACAUGUAUGCAGGUAAAAUGGUCAAGACACAGCUGUAAGGAAAACAACAGUGCUGUUAUCACAUGAUCACAGUGAACCCAGCAAUGUUCAUUUGCCAGAGAGCUGCACUAUAGAAAAAAAUCAGGUUAGAUCCCUUAAGGUUGCUGGCAUAGUUUGGCGUGUUUGGCUGCUGGCUUUGAGUUUUGGAAGAGGCUCUUUGCAAAUGCUUAGAUAAACAGACUUAGAUGCUGUGAAAGCUGGAGGCUCUGUUUAAUCGAUUAAGCAUAUCAAACAACUCUGUCUGCUCUGAAGUGCCAGGAGUUGCAUGUCCUGGGCAAAAGCUAGGGUCCAACAGAGCUCCGGUUUUUGCCUCUCGUGUUAUCAUUACGUGCAGACUGCGAUGCUAAACAUUUGUUUAACAGGUGAUCUUUUGAAUGAAGAUGAAUGAGAAACUUCUCAAGUUGUAGCUCUACUUUCUUAAUCCAAGGUUGCUAGCCAAAAAUAGCAUUUCUCUUUGCUCAGAGGUUUAUUAUUAGCUUUACACUUUUUGUCUUUAUUGCUGUUACUUUAUAUUAUCUUAAGUUUUUUAUACAAAAUAGCGUGUUCAUAUUGUUCUUGUGUCGUGCAAAACAAGUAAUAAGUUAAUUUGUUUCUGGCUACCUGGGAAGGAAUUAGAGCUGCAACUUGGAAAAUGUGUUAUACAAAGGUCUUGCACAGCAUAACGUCUUAGUGAGAGGUGUGUAAGAUCAGAAACUGCUCAACUGGGAAGCAAACAGAUAUUUAUGGAUGCUUAGCUUAGCUGUGACUCAAAUGUGGUGGUUGAACAUGAGAGGCACAAACCUGGGGUAAAGUCCAUCCUCACCAUGGGAGGAGGACAGUCAGUACAGUAAAAUAACUUGUAAAAGAAGGAUCAAGAGUGUGGCUGUAUCAUGAUAGUGUGAAGUGUGUGUGUGUAUGUGUGUGUGAGAGAGAGAGAGGGAGAAGUUGCAGAGCAUGAAUGGAUCUCACUUCCUUAAGUCAGACUUAUGAAUCAGAUAUUUGUUGUUUUUAUUUUUCAUGUACAACCCCUCUGUGUAAUGCGUCUCCUUACGUGGUAGAAGGAGAAUUAAACAAGAUUUUUGUUUUGUAA